UCUCCAUAGCAAUUGUUCACACAAUGGAAGAUAAUUCUCCUGUUUAGGAUAAAAUUGAAGUUUUCGUGCAUUAAACAAACAGUAUUGAUGCACAAAAAAUAUCAGAAUCGAUUCUGAAUGAGAUUUCAAUAAUAUAAAAUAAUUUGAGCUAAAAUUUUGCGGCUAACAAAGUAAAAUUCUUUCGAAACCACAGGAUAUUAGUAGAGGAAAGCUUCGUGAAGUGCAGUGAGGGAGACUUUUUUUUAGAUUAGGCAUAUUGUGAUAUACACACAGAUUGAAGAUGGGAGAUAAGAAGAAUGAUAUGGACAGAAUUGGUCUGUUCCAGGAAAUGGGAUAUGUCACAAUUGGAGACAAAUAUAAAUCAGCCAAUCAAAUGGCAUUCAAUGACGCUUCACAAAAAGGCAAACAGAUGUUGCCUGGAGGGAGUAAGGAAAGAUCAGCAUUACAAGCAGGAUAUUUUACAGAUAAAUUUGGUAGAGUUUUUGAAUCAGAAGGAUAUUCGGAUCCAAUCAAACUACGACGGCAGCACAGACUUAGAGAAGCUCAGAAAAAUAUAGUAAAAAGUGCAUUUUUACCAAGUAGUGGUGAUAAGAAAAUGUCUGGAUUAGGAAGUCAUUAUGGUACAUUAAGUGGUCCAAUUGGUGCACUGAGUCCGCAGGCUAGACCAGGAAAACCACAUAAAACUUCAGGGAAGAAUUUUAUGACAAAUCCAGGAAAGAGGGGAACAGGAUUUGGCUAUAUCGGUAUAACUCUUGGAGAUUAUCCUAAGUACCAAGGUGAUUCCUAUAGCAGAGCAAGGGAGAUAACUAAGAAAGAACUUGCUGCACAUAAAGCUGCAUUGAAAGGAGAUUCAUUUAAACUGAAUAUGCAUCCAAAAUCUUACUUUGAUUCCAAUCCAUAUCACACAGACAAACCAAUGUCAAGAAAAGGAUCAGCAUCUAUUACAAAGAAAUUGGAUGGUCCAAAAUUCAAACCAAGUUCUCCUGGAAAGAGACCUGCUGGAUGUAAAGCUGGAACCUUUGAUCCUUACCCAUCACACUCAGCUGAUCCUUAUAAGAUGAAAAUACACCGACCAGUCAAUGUAGUCAACAAGAGUGGAAAAAUAUUUGUCCCAUCACAAGGUCCAAAAACUACACCUUCUGUUUCUAUAGUGGAUCAAAAUGUUAUGAGAACAAUCAACAUACAGAAUUACAGAUCAGUAUCUUCAAUAGUAUAAGUUGUAUAGCCACCACAUUAAUUAUUUAAUUCCACCUUAAUGUGCAUUUUAUGUAUUUAGUCUGUUACCAGACACAAACUAAAUUCAUGAAGAUUGAAGAACAGAAAAAACUGUCUUACAAUCUCUGGAUAGUAUUUUGUUAUGUUGGGAUGAAGGAAAUAUUUCAUUAUGUCUGUCAAUUAGGAUUUAUUCAUUUUCGUAAAUACUAUAUGUAUUUGUGAUUCAAUGAAAAAGUUACUGUUUCACAGAUACUUCAUUUUGUUGUUUUAUCACAUAAUUUUGUGAUUUGUUUGCACAAAAAUGAGCAUUUUGAAAAAAGAUAUUCCAUGGAAAUUAGUAUUUUAUAAAAAAUAGUUAAAUGACAAAUAAUCUUUGAAAAUAAGUAUUCCAUGGGAUAGCAAUGAAUCCACCAUACUUUCAUUUAAUUCAUUCAGCUAAAACUGACUAUUUGUUUGGUUUGUUAUUACAUAUAUUAUUUUGUAAUUGUUUUGUUGCAGAUAAUAUGAAUUUUAUUUGUUUUGUCUAUAAAAUGAAAAAGACUAAGUUUGUAUUAAAAUCUGUAAUGAUUCAAACCAAAGUAUGGUCUUUCGUCAUGUAAUUAUCUCCCCUUACUAAGAUAGAUUUUUCUUAAUUGAAGGGCAAGGUUUUGCUUGUCUAUUUUGAUAAGAAAUCCAGUGUAAGAGGUAAAAUUUAUAUGUUGACUUUUUUUACAUAUAAGUUGAUAUAUAAUAUGUAUUUUUGUUUGUAUGUAAACAUAUGUAUAAAGAAAAUAAUGUGAAUGUUAUUUUAAAUGUGUCAAAGCUAUUUCUUUUUAAUGUGAUACACAUAUCGUUUGUUCUUUACCUCUCUUAAACCCUUUGUAUAAUUUUAUUUGAAAGCUAUCUGUUAAAUAUUUUACUUUUAAAAUUAUGCAAGAUAUUUAUAUUUAUAUAUAUGAUGUGAAAUACCAUUUUUUCCUCCUCAGAAUACCACAUAGAUUGUUCACCCUUUAGACGAUAAAAUUAGGUGCUACAAUUAGAUAUAAAGUAAAUGUCCAAACAGUCAGAAAUUGGAAAUUUGUACUGUUAGCCUCUUAAAUUUUCAAAUUGCUAUAUUAAUCUUGCUUAAGGAAGUGCAAUCUUAGUUAAUUAUUAUGCUCAAGAAUUACCGUAUUGCAAUUUCUGUAUUAAAUUGUGGUGCAAAAAAGACAUGUAAAAUCCAUGGUUUGAGACAACAAAAUCAACUAUAAAUCAAAAGUAUUAAAUAUAUUUUUUUUGUAGAGUGUUUUAUUUUGAUUGAAAAUAGAUAUAUAUUGAUUAAAUUUUAAAUUUUAUAAUCAUGGUAGCAGUGUUCACUUAUGUUUAGCAAAGAAAUAUCUGAUGGACAUUGAGUAAUUUUAGACUCAUCCAUGUACUUGAAUGGAUUGCCAGUUUGGUCAUUUACUUUAUAAUAUUAGUGUAAACUGCUGAAACACAUCAUAGAAGAGCACAUCUGUUCAGAUUAUGACUAUUUGAUUUUAAUCGAGGAUUAUGAGUCUAUUAAAUGGUAUUCUAUUUUUA